GAUCCCACAGAGUUGCUCAGUGUCCGGAUACCUGAUGGAUGCAAUGACCGCUGACUGAUCCAAUGAAGACCUGCAGUGAGGAAACACAGACCCAGUCUCAGUAUCGAUUACUGAUUAGUGAUCUGCAGCAGGUGCGUGCGUAAGCGGAGUUCAGCGCUUUAAACCUACAGGACUGUACUUUCUUCAUCCAUUCAUCACCUACUCCUCCUCCGGGAUGAAGACUCCUCUCGGCCCCUCUCAGCUCCUGGAGAAUGGGCAGAUCUUUGCCUAUGGAGGGAUGUGUCAAGAGCUGAUGGACGCGCCCAUACCCACAACCAUCAGCCUAUCUGCCCCACAGACUCCAUCUAUAGGUCAAAGUGGGACUUACUCUUUGUGUGAGGUGUGUAACCUGCAGCUUACCUCUGCGGCUCAGGCCCAGUUGCACUACAAUGGCAGGUCUCACCUUAGGAGGGUGAGACAGCUCCAGGCUGGAGAGGCAGGACAACAGGCAUCAGCUGGAGCUCAGUCAAGGUCUCUUCCACAUGCCACAGGGCUCUGCUCCCAGCCUGCAGGACUAACUCCAACCCCAGGCCCCAGUCCAGGCCUCAGCAUCCCUACCAGCACUACUACAGGAAGUGGGUGUGGUACAGUAGGCGGGGCGUUGCCAGGGCUGAUUGGCGCCACCGGUCCUUCAGUGAUGAUGAAACCGUUCCUGUCAUUUCCCGUUGAGACGUCAACGCCAGUCGGACUUUUCCCAAACUUCAACACGAUGGACCCGGUGCAGAAGGCCGUCAUCAACCAUACCUUUGGUGUCACGUUGGUACCUAAGAAGAAACAGGUCAUCUCAUGUAACGUCUGCCAGCUGAGGUUCAACUCUGAUUCUCAAGCAGAAGCUCACUACAGAGGAAGUCGUCACGCCAAGAAGCUCAAAUCUCAGGAGAAUAAAGUAAAGGCCAAGCUGUCAAUCACCGGAGAGACCAAUGGUAGCAACACGAGUCCCGCUGGCCCCGCCCCUCCUGUACCAGCUAACAUCAGCACCAAUCAGCACACAGAGCUCUUACCUAGCCUCCCAGACCCCACCUCUCCUCUCAAACCCUUCCUCCUCCUCUCCUCCUCCCCACUCUCCUCCCCCUCUCCCUCCUCCAGCAGAGCAGGCAGUGAGCCUCCCCCGUCCAGUCCUCCCUCUGCUCUCCCUGCCCCCGGCCUUUCCUCCUCCUCCUCUUCCUCCUCUUCAUCUUCCAAAUCCUCUCCUCCUCCUCCCCCUGCUUCUGCUCCUGUUAUCGCGGCUCCGUCAGUCCCUGCUCCUCCUUCCUCUCAGGCCUCCUCCCAGGAUGCUCCUCUCUCUGCGGAGUCAGAGGAGGAGAAGGCGAAGAAGUUGCUGUACUGCUCGCUGUGCAAAGUUGCCGUCAACUCUCUGUCCCAGCUUGAGGCUCACAAUGCAGGCUCAAAGCACAAAACCAUGUUGGAGGCUCGGAGUGGAGCCGGGCCGAUCAAGGCGUACCCCCGACCCGGAGCCAAGCUGAAAAAUGGCAGCAGCUCUGUGAUCAAAGGAUCCGGUCUGCAGAAUAAAACUUUCCACUGCCAGAUCUGUGAUGUCCACGUCAACUCUGAGAUCCAACUCAAACAGCACAUCUCCAGCAGGAGACACAAGGACAGAGUGGCAGGAAAACCCAGCAAACCCAAAUACAGCCCUUACAACAAACAGCAGCGCAGCUCACUCACCGAGUUAGUGAAGCCCACCCUCUCUCCUUCCUUCCUCACCACUCCUUUUGCUCCUCCCCCCUCCUCCCUCCCACUCACCAGCACCAUUUCUCUCCCUCCUACCUCUCUUUCCUCCACCCUCUCCUCUUCCCCUCUCCUCACUGCCACCUCCUCUCCCCUCACCACUGCCAUCUCUCUGCAUCCUCGCCCUCCGGCCUCUUCGUCCCUCUUCACUGCCUCCUUCCUUCGUCCGGCUCCUGGACCAAUCAGAGCGAGCCAAGGUUCGAUCCUCUUCACACCGUACUGAUGAAGUCGUCAGAGGUGGGGACUCUCGACCUCUGACCUCCACUUUGUUGGAGCUACAGGGGCAGCAGGGAUACGAGCCCUGCCAUCACGGCUGCAGGGAUUCAAACCGGCAACCCUCUCACCUGCCUGAGGCUUCAAAAGGAAAACAGGGGAGGACAGCACCUCGUCCCUGUCCUUUCUGAACCAGACGUCUUAUUCACAGGAACAUUCACAGCUGAUCGGACAGCAACUUGUGAUUUUAUCCAAACAGAAGUCUGAUUCUGAAGAAACCACCUGACCUGAAACUGAACAGAGGAUUAAAGGUUUCUACAUAUCCUGGAAAAACUGGGACUUGUUCAAUGCAAUCAUGGAUAUCUGCUGUAGGAGCAGUCCUGGAAAAAUAUAAGGAUCUCCCCAAAGCAAUAAAUGGUCCUGGGGAAAAACAUCAGCGUGCAGUGUUUUGUUACUAUUAGCAGAUUUUAUGUUUCAGAGACAGCUCAACUUAAGCUAUCAAGUGGAAGAGAACAAGGUGCAAUGUUCAAUUUGUACACAAGAACACUGAGAGUACUUAUUUUUCCUGGACCUUUUUGCAAAAAGGACUGAACUAACCUUCCAGUGGCAGCCUGAAUCUACGGAACGCAAAGCUGAGAGAAAACUGAACCAAGACUCGCACGGACCCGAAAUCAACAUGAAAUCUCAACGUGACCUGAACCUCCUCCUUGCUUGAAGUACUCACAAAUAAAGUCAACAAAGAUACUUGGAGUCCAGGCUAGAGAUGCAGCUUCUGCUAAGACGAAACACAAAGACGGGUGAGGCGGAACCUGAUUCAAGUCCGGUUUGGUCCGGUCCUUUGUUCUCUCCCUUGAGGCUCCUCUCCUCUUCUUCCUCCUGCUGGAGGAACUAACCAGCAAAAACCUGAUGUCGACUGCAGCCGUCCUCAUGUCAUGUCAGCUCUGGACCGUGAUGCCGCAGGUGUCCCCUUUAGAUGUCUCUGCACACAUGUUCAGUUCUUUCCAAACAUACAGCAUUUCAGGCAAAAAAAGAACCUGCAGAAAUGUGAAGAAAUGUGGUACUGUAUAUUUUCUUAUUGUCAACAAACCCCAUAAAUACACUUGAAUGUGUUUGUCCCCAAGCCUUAAAAAUGUCUCUUAAAUAUACAAUCUUUCUUGAAUGGGGGAAAGUAGUGUACAAAAUCAGGGACUAAUGUCGUUAUCACAAAAGAAGAUAGAAUGUGCUUUAAAAAAAUCAAUGAAAGCUCCUCUGAGGACGAUUUAUCUGGUAAUGAAACAGACUUAAAUUAAAAACGGAUGCCUCCGUACUACCAACAAAAGCAAAAGAGAUCAUCAGCAGCAAGAUUCAUUUUUCCCAAUUUAAUUAUGUCUAGUGCAAGUAAAUACUGCCAGAGGGUAGGCGUCAGUCAAGGCAAUUACAGCACGCUGUCAAAACAUCCUUUGUUUACAUUUCCUCUGGCAAAGAUUCACAGUGAGAGAAAGUCUGACUGUUUAGAAAAAGACCAUCAGAUCAGAUUUCAGACAGAAAACUCUAAACAUGCACAAGAUCAGAAAAGAGAAAAAUCCAUCUGCUGUGACUACAGGGGGGCGCCAAAAUCAAUGCAACCUAAAAGUUCCUUACAGUAGCUUUAAGUAAAGAGGUGACAGUAGUAUUCAGAAGUAUCACAGGGGACAUCACCUAUGUGUCCUACAGCCCUGCCAUGUGGGAUAAAUAUUAUAGAUGAUAUAUUUGUAAUUCUCCUGCAACAUAACAUCCAGGUGAAUCUCAGUUUUUAACUCUGUUUCUUUAGAUUGAACUCAGCAGAAACCCCAGAUUAAUAAAGCUCAGCUGUGUCACAUCAUCAUGUUGAGGUUGAGCUAACUUGCUGUAUGUUUGGAACCCCAGUUUGAACUCCCGUUGACGAACUCUGCCUCCUGUCGUCUGAUGUCUUCAUCUCUGCCUCUUUCUGUUGUUGCCAUCUCCACCGCCAGUGUGCAACAGAACUGACCUGCACCCUGGACCGGGCUACUUGCUGGUUUUACAGUAAAAAAUAAAAAACCCUCUCGUCCUGAUUGUUGUUGCCUGGUGUGGACAAUCAGCCUGCUGUUUUUUUUUGUUUCUGUCAACCCUACUGCUGAAUCUGAACAAAACUUCCUGGAGUUUGAAGAGUCGGACGAAACUUUUACUGUACCUGAAACUUUAAUCACGAGAGUCGGAGGAACUUUCAAAGACUUGAACGCAUCACUGGAACUUUUCACAACCUGCAACAGCAAAGGAACGUCUUCCUGAGAAAAAGCUUUCACUGCGCAAAAGAGAAGAACAUCAAUCGUCUGGUUGCUUUUUCUGUGCUCUAAUAAUUGGUUUUACUUUGGAUGUUGUAAAUAUAACACCCACAUCUUUUUCUCGACUCUCAAACAACCAUUUGAUUCAUCUAUCCCUCACAUUAAUCCAGAGACUGAUAUCUCCGAUUGGGCUCAAUAAGCUCUCCACUAGUGCCCCCUUCAGGAAGAACACGGUACUUAUACCAGGUGGUUGUUUGAAGGUUGGGAAAAGGGGGGGGGUCACAGAACCAGGAGAAACCAUAGAAAACACCCAGAGAGUCACAGAGGGAGUGUAACAACUGGAAGUUUUCCCCACUUAUAUUUAUUUUCUUAUCGGCUAUGAGCAAUAUUAAUAAUGAUAAUAAUAAAAACAGCUGAAUGGAGGUUCACCAGGGAGUCACUUCUUCCCUCAGCUCUGUGAGCAGAUGGAGAGCAGGACAUGAAUCAGAGUGAGUCUUGCAGGAAUACAGAGUACUCCUUAAUGCUCAUCAGACGUUUGAGUUCCUUUUUCCCUUCCUUUUGAUUUAAUUUAUAACUUAAAUUUAAAUUCUCACUCUCUGAUAUCUCAGUCGACCCUUACAUGGAGAUAGGAGCAAAUCCAGAGAGCACAUGGAGGACGUAAUGAGUGUUUUAAAGUCAUGAAAGCUUUACAUUUAUACCGAAAUGUAUCUUGAAAAAUCAAAACCUCUGGAUUUACAACAAUAACAUGAACAAGAAAUAUAAGUGCAGAGGUAUAGAAUGAUAGUUUGACUAGUUCAGACAUGAAACAGUCUGCUUUUUCAAUCAAGAUUCAUAAAACAAAACAGGAAAGAACAAGAAGAACUGAACGUACAGUUGUGUAUACUCUAGAACAGGGGUGUCAAACUAAUAUCAGUUCAGGGUCCACAUAGAGCCCAAUUUGAUCUGAAGUGAGCCAGACCAGUAAAAUCACAACAUAAUAACCUAUAAAGAAGGGCAACUCAAAAAUGUUCCCUUUGUUUUAGUGCAAAAAGUACAAGUAUAUUCUGAAAAUGUUCAAAUUUCAUGAACUAUAUUUUUUACUAAAACAGCUGUUGUAUUUUUCACCAUGAUGAGUCUCAUAGUAGGGCCAAAAUAUUAUAUUCUUUAAGCCCUGAAGCCUGCUGCCAACACACCAAGCACACAGGUUUCCCACUCACCUGCAUUGUUCAGGUGCGCUCCAUCAUUGUAUGCGACCCCCAGAGAACAAAUUUGAUAUAGCAGUUACUUUUAUUGAAAAAUCAAAAAAAUGUCUUCUCUGUCAUUUUUUCAUUUUGGGAAGACAUACACAGGCCGGAUUGGAACCUCUGGUGGGCCAGUUUUGGCCUGCGGGCCAUAUGUUUGACACCCCUGCUCUAGAAGUAAAGCAGGGAUACAGACAUGUCCAUGUUACAUUAUUUAUGUUACACUUAUCUGCUAUAACAAACCGCUCACUAUACAUUAACCCUUACUGAUACAGAGAGAAGAGUGUUGAUUCACAAUUCUUCUGGACUAGCAUGCCAGCUAUAACCUUUAAAACGAACAUGUAGGAGUAAGCGGUGGAUUAUUGAUACCUGAUGAUAAGCAAACUUGUCUUUUAAUGAUACGGAUACAUUUUCUCUUUUGUUUUGAUCACACUGUUUUUAACCAGAACUUCUAGCUCCAACACUGGAUCAGAAAACCUGGAUCAUUAACAGAAGUUAACAGAGUUAGCUCUGCUUCAUCCAUACUUAAUAAUGCAGUGAUUGUGUCUCUGGUCGUUAUUUCCAUGGUUUCAAAUGGUCAGUAUUGUCUCGUCGGUCUUCCUGCCUCCUCCUGGAUAACUUGAAGCAUCUCAGUCUUCCAAUAAUGAACAAACAGAUUUAUGGGUGUGUGUGUGUGUGUGUGUGUAUGUGUGUUAUCUAUGCAGUAUUUGGUCACGGUGCAGUAACUCUAUCUGUGUCAUCAACAUGUUUAAAAGAGAAGACAAAGUGUCAAAUCCGCGUUGAUGAUGUUUCAAGCUGUUUGUCAGCAGCUUGUCAGAGCUCUGAGCCGUUCAACUGAACUUCCUCUUUUGUCUUUUGAUGUCAACUUGAUGCAAUAAUGUACAGAUCAGCUGCUGCUUCGCUUUACACUCUGCUUCCUUAUCAGCAAUACUGAGGCCUGAGAGUCUCCAUGCAAGUCCGAAGUCUUCAUACUGGGGCUGAGUCCCAAUACUGGAAAAAAAAAAAAAACGCACAUGGAUGUUAAACUGAAGAAUUGUUUCUAGUUGAAAUGACGUUAACUUGUGUUUUUGUUGAAACUGUCGUAAUGUUUUUGUUGAAAACUGAGAUUGUGCGCAUGUGUGUGUUGUCCCUGUUUUUAAAUGAACCUCUAAAAUCUGAUUGGAUCACUUCUCUUUCAAAAUAAAAGCUCAUUUUCCAUCAACUAAAGAGGACAUCCAAACAGGGAAAUUAUGAGAUUAAAGGAGCAGUUCAACCAAACUUUUUAACAGCUGUGAAGCUUGCUCAAGCAUUUCAUAUUCAAAGUUUUAAACCUUAAAUCAAGCUUUAACAAAAAAUGACCAAUGUAUUUGUUUUGUUUCUUUUCACAGAGGAUAUUUGCAAACUAAAUUCUGAUUUUAAAAACUGAACUGUGAUCACACACAGGAUUCAGAUUACAGUCUCUACAGAAAGAAAGAAAGAAAGAAAGAAAGAAAGAAAGAAAGAAAGAAAG